AUGUCUGUACCCGAUAAAGUGUUGAUGCGCAAAAUAAGGAAAAGAGAGAAAAACAAGCUGAAAGUCCUAAAAGAGAGAGAAAUACAAAAGCAGAAUGGGACUCUAGCUGAAGAACUCAAAAAUGCGGAGGAAAAGUUGGAAGUUAAGGCAAAACAAGGUGUCAAAAGACAGUCUCCAGAGGAUGGACCAGUUAAAAAGAAAACCAAAAAGAACAAGGUCAAAGUAAAAGAAGAAAGUGAAGAUGACGAAGAAGAAGAACAGAUUAGUGAUAAGCAAAUCAAAAAUUCUGAAUCAGAUGACGAAGAGGAGAAAGAAAAUGAUGAGGAGCAAAAUUCUGAUUCGGCAGAGGAUACCAAGGAUAAAGCUACAUCAAGCUUACCUGGUACAUCUGUUGGAUUGGAACUCACAAAAGAUAGAUCAUUCUCUACCUUGAAGGAUAAGGUAUGUGAAAAUACCUUAAAAGCUAUUGCAGAGAUGGGCUUUACAGACAUGACAGAGAUUCAAGCUAUGUCAAUACCUCCGCUUCUCGAAGGAAGAGAUCUAGUAGGUGCAGCAAAAACCGGAUCUGGAAAGACUUUAUCUUUCCUCAUUCCUGCUGUAGAACUUAUCUAUAAACUCAAGUUUAUGCCCCGAAAUGGAACUGGAUGUAUAAUCAUUUCUCCAACACGCGAGUUAUCCAUGCAAACGUUUGGUGUCCUCAAAGAGUUGAUGAAAUAUCAUUAUCACACUUAUGGUCUGUUAAUGGGUGGUGCAAGCAGGCAAACUGAAGCACAAAAACUGUCGAAAGGCGUCAACAUAGUUGUAGCGACACCCGGUAGAUUGCUCGAUCACUUGCAAAAUACUCCGGACUUUCUGUACAAAAAUCUCCAAUGUCUGAUUAUUGACGAAGCUGACAGGAUUCUCGACAUCGGAUUCGAAGAAGAACUGAAACAGAUUAUCAAUAUUUUACCGAAAAGGAGACAAACUAUGCUGUUCAGUGCAACGCAGACUAAAAAGACCGAAGCAUUGACAACGUUAGCCGUGAAAAAAGAGCCCGUCUACGUCGGUGUUGACGACGAGAAGGAAAAAGCCACAGUGGAGGGUCUGGAACAAGGAUAUGUUGCUUGUCCCAGCGAAAAACGAUUCCUUCUACUUUUCACAUUCUUGAAGAAAAAUAGACAGAAAAAAGUGAUGGUCUUCUUCAGUUCUUGCAUGUCCGUCAAAUAUCACCACGAGCUGUUGAAUUACAUCGAUUUGCCAGUCAUGAGCAUUCACGGAAAACAGAAGCAAACCAAGAGAACCACGACUUUCUUCCAGUUCUGCAAUGCACAAUCUGGUAUUUUACUGUGUACCGACGUAGCUGCCAGAGGUCUCGACAUUCCCGACGUAGAUUGGAUCGUACAGUACGAUCCUCCAGAUGAUCCAAAGGAAUACAUUCAUAGAGUCGGUAGAACGGCCCGUGGCGAAGGCAGUAGCGGUCACGCCUUGCUCAUCCUGCGACCGGAGGAGCUAGGCUUCCUGCGCUACUUGAAGCAGGCUCGAGUUCCCGUCAACGAGUUUGAGUUCUCGUGGAAUAAAAUUGCCGACAUACAGCUGCAGAUGGAGAAGCUGAUCUCGAAGAACUACUUCCUGAACAUGUCGGCGAAGGAGGCGUUCAAGGCGUACGUCCGGGCGUACGAUUCGCACCACCUCAAGCAGAUAUUCGACGUCGAGACCCUGGAUCUGACGAAGGUCGCCAAGUCGUUUGGAUUCACGACGCCUCCGGCCGUCGAUUUGAAAGUGGGAGUGAGCAAGGAUUCUCGGCCGCGCAAACGCCUCGGCGGCGGUGGCUACGGCUACUUCAAGGGCCUGAACGGCGAGCAACCCGGAGCUGCCAGGAGAGCCGAGCGUACAAAGACCUUCCGCCAGGUUGGCAAGCGGAAUCACAGCGACAGGAGGCAGUUCGCUCGGUGA